AUGGCUACUCGAGAGUAUAGUCGAUGGAAUUCGCAAGGUGUUGAGAAAAUUCCUGAAGGCGAAGCUGAUGACAUUCGAGCUGUCGUUGAGAUAUUCAACGGGUUGCAUCAGGCCAUGUUUCAAAUGAACGGCCACGUCAUGUCCGGAACUCACGGACGAAGCCAUGGUGUUGUCAAGGGCACGUUUAUCGUCCCGGGCAAUCUACCUAGCCACCUGAAACAGACGGAACUAUUUGCGCAGGCUGGCGAGUAUCCGGCCGUUUGCCGCUACAGCUCUGCCCUGCCAGACCCGAAUGUGGAUGACCGCAUUCCCCAGCCUCGAGGUUUUGCGAUAAAGCUGUUCGGCGUUGAAGGUGAAAUGUUUCAGGAGGGGCGCGAUUCUCCUACUCAGGACAUUGAGUUUAACAGCACACCCAUUUUGGAUUUGGCCAACGCAAAGACAGCCAAGGAAAUUAUUGCGCUCAGACUCAAGCACGGCGCAGAUCUAGUUGGCCUCUACAAAGACUUUGAUGCCCGGCCCGAUGCCGAAUUGCACAAGAGCCAGGAUCAGAUACGCAGCACUCACCUAGAAUCCACUCGCCAAUACUCCCAGACGGCCUACCGGUUUGGUGACUACAUAAUGAAGUUCUCCCUUAUUCCAUCAUCUGAGAUGCAGCGUGAACUCUACAAACAGACAGUCCAAUCUAGUGACACGCAGGACGUGUUACGCCACUGGCUACGCGACUUUCACUUGCACAAUGAGGCAGAGUACGAAUUUCAAGUGCAAUUGUGCGAGAAUCUAGAAGACCAGCCGAUAGAAGAUGCUAGUAAGGAGUGGGAUGCGGAGAAGCAUCCAUGGGAGACGGUUGCCAAAUUGGUAAUUCCGAAGCAAGACAGCUACAACCCCAUUAGGAAGAAAUUUUGGGAGGACCACAUAGUGAUUAACCCAUGGCACGGCCUCGUAAGCCUGCAGCCGCUAGGGGGAUCAAACAGACUGAGACGAGUCGAUACGUAA